UUUUACGAAUUAAUGCGUUACACUAGUCUGGGAUGUUAUGUGUACGAUCAACAUGUUUUAAAUGUGGGCCAUGCAGACCGAAAUGGAUGAAAAUGGUGGAUAAUUUGUAUUCUGGAAGCCUCCACGAUACUAAUAACCAUAAUAAACUCAUACACUAUUGUUUACAUCAACCGGAUAAGUUGGAUCGGAUCGCUAAGUAUUUGCAUUUGCGGCUCUCUCAGGAUCUUAGUAGACGUUAUGAUCAAAAUAUAUCAAUAUCCGUCAAAGCUAUUGAUAAACUAAUACAAGUUUGCCAUGGCCAUAGACUGGUUCUGGCGAUCAGUUUUUUGAAAAUGAUUCAACUACUCCUCGAGACUAAUCGUAUGGAUCUACAAAUAAUGGCAUCUAAGUCGUUUGUAGAGUUUUCCAAAAUAGAUGAUGAUUCUCCUAACUAUCACAAGGAAUGUAACGAGAUUCUUGACCAUUUUGCUGCUAUGGCGCACGCUUCUUUUCCCAACCCACAAGAACGGAAUGCUGUCAGAGUGGCAGGUAUACAAGGAAUCCAAGGUGUUGUUCGUAAAAUGGUCAGUGACCAGCUCAUACUGGAGGUUCACGAGUCAAAUAUGGACAAAAUCAUACCUCCAUUGCUGUUCAAUAUGUGUGACAAGUCUGAGAUUGAUUCCAAUUCAAAUGAAUCACAAUGUGAUCCUUCACAAGAAGCUGUAUAUGUGUUCGAAGAUAUCGUUCGACAAGCUUCUUACACAAAUAUUAAACCUGUGGUAACCUCGAUUUUAACGCAUUUAGACAAUCAUCAACUGUGGGAUCCUUGUGAUUUUCCUUUACUUAUAUUUCAAUAUCUUUUGGAUUCCCUCAAGACAACUCAGGUGGCGCAUAGUUUAGUCAAACAGUUAGUUGCUCAUCUCAGUGUACAUGAAUCUGAUUUCACAUUGGCUGAACGUACAAGCUUAGUUCAGGUUAUUGGACUAGUUGUGAUUAAUUUAGCGAAGGGAGCAAUUGGACCGGAUGUGUUUCAUAAUUUUAAGUCGUUACUUCAAAUCUUAAAAGCCAGUAUUGAUAAAACUUCACAAAUAUCCGAUCCUGAUCAAUCAUUUAAUGAUUCUAAUCGGAAAUUAUCCGGAGAACGUCAGUUUCAAGAGGCAAUUAUCAACACUAUAGCCGAAUUCGCUAAAAAUCUCCCAGAUACGCAGAAAAUUGAAAUAUUGAAAUUUAUAUUGAACUUUGAGCCAAUGGUUAAUUAUCAUCCAGAGUAUGGUGAUCGUCCGAAGCCGUUAAUUAUGGUCCUAUUACAAACUAUGCUAACUGUCGCCACACAGUAUAAAACAGUAGCUAUAUCAAAUGCAUUGAAUUCGGAUUUUUUAAAUCUUUUAUUACGUGGUGUCGCUAUUGAUCCAGAUCCUGUUAUACGAAUAAUUGUACAGAAAAUACUACAUACUUUAAUUGACCGACAUGGUAAUACAGAGCAAUUGUUGACUGUUCGAAUUUACGGCGAAAAUGAAUUAAGCAAUUAUUUUGUAUUGGAAAAACCUGAAAGGCAAGAUAUUUUAUUCAUGAAAAAGACUGGUGUAUUAUUCAUUGAAAAUAUUUAUCAUCAGUUAUUAGAUCCUAGCAAUAAAGUAGACAAUUUAGAAUAUCUGUCAUGUACUGUUGGAUUGGUCGCAUUAGAAAUGGGUGCAGAACAGGUUAUUACAGAAUUGUUUCGUUUAAUCUUAGCAGUUCAAACAAAAAUCAUUGAUGAAAAUACAUAUAUGCCGUUAACACAUCGUUGUGCUUUACAUGCAUUAUUAGCUAGUACAAUAACAUUACUUGUUCAAUUAAUUAACCUUCAGUCACUUAGUGAACAUAUUUACACCGUUAUUCAACGUAGACGAGACACAGCACCUUGGUUAUUGCCUUCUGUUGCAUUUAAUCGAACAAAUACUGUGGAAAGCUAUCCAACUGAAUUUGAAAUAAACGAUGAUCUAUUGUUUUCGUCAGAUAAAAUAACUGAAUCAUUAAUCAACGCUGGUUAUGAUACUACCGUUUUGUCGAUUCCCUAUAAUCCGAUUUAUUUACGAUUAUAUGAUGGCAAAUCUCCUGAUCCAUUGAUUGAUGGUGUCAUUUAUCCACGUAUAAACGGCAAUGAACAUUUUACCAAUCACUCAAGUUAUUAUGGCACUGUUGAUGACAAAAAUUCCAGUAUUGCAAACUCGACUGCUGGUGUGCGUAUGAAUUCAACAUGUUUAGAUGCAACAAUGCUGUGUCGUGAAAUUAGUCAAAGUGGUACAGGCUUUGUUCAAUCUGGAAGCAGUUUUUCUCUAACUGAUAGUCUUUAUUCAGUGGCAGAUUCAACUAAUAUGGUUGAUGAAUACUUAUCAUUCAAGAAUAUGCGCAAAAUAAUAAGUGACGGAGAAGAAAUUCAAAAACCAUCGAAAUUUGUUGAAGAAGAUCGUUUAUUAAGUGGAUGUUUUAAUUCAGUUGAAUUCAAUGAAAUCUGUGCUCAACAACGUGAAAAAGCACAUUCCGUACGUGCACAUAUGGCUGAAGUAUUUGAUGAGAUUUCGUCCUGUGACUUCUAUCCACAUGAUUUAUCUCCACCUUUUAUGAAUGGACCAAAAAAACUGCAAGGACGUGAAAAUUUCAAUCUUCCGUCUCUCAGUGAUGCAGUCAAUAGUAAAGUGAAUUCAGAUCAAUUUAAUACCAAUAUUAAUUUACCUAUGGGCGCUGGUAAUCGCACUGGCGACAGCAGUGGCGGUAUUAAACUAUCGAAGAAAUUAAAUAAAUCAAGUCAAGCUGUUUGGGAACAUGAAUUCGGAUCAUUGUUUUUUGUUUAAUCCACUAAUCAUUCCUUUUUUGAAGCGAUUCUUAUCUAUUUGUUUUUUUAUUUAUCUUAUAUUCUCAUGCUAUAUGCUCUCUUUUUCAUUUAUUGUAUCUUGUUAGAAAUGAGUACAGAAUCAAUCUUUGUCUAUGUGUAUGUCACUAUUAUGUAUUUCAGUAUAUUUUUUUCUAAUGGGAAAUAAUCUUUCAACAAUCCUAGCACAUUAUAUUAAUAUUCAUUGACUUUAUGUUUUGUUUCUUUAAUUCAAAAGCGUUUAUUCUGUUAAAACAGAAGAAAGUGCAACAAUUUUCUCCUUUCUGAAAUGGUUUUCAAUAUUCAAUUUAUAGUGCAUCUAUUUACGCAUGGAUGUCUUUAUCUGUUCAUUUAAUUAACCUUUACAACGAAUUGAAGUAAAUAAUGAAAUCCGUAACAUUAUUGUCAAUAUUGUGAUUGUUCUUUUUAAGACUAAAAAUGAAUUAUCUGUAUGUUUGUUUAUUGAACAAAAACACAACUGUAAAAUGUUCUGUUUGUGUGUAUAUCGAUGUACUUAUGAUUAUAUGACCAUUUUUAGUUUAGUUACUUCGGCAAGGGAGUUGAACAAAACAAACAGUCAAAAUUACUCAUCAUUAUUUAUUAUCCUACUUCUCUUCAUAGUUCGUUAGUUUUCGAUCAUUUAAAAGUGAGGAUAGUAAUAAUGAUACAACUUCAUUGUGUAUAUUUUUAUUGAUGUGAUAUAUAUUAUAUAUAUAAUGAGUCAUACAUAGUGUAUGCACUUGUGUAGAAGUGUUAAUUUCUUUUCCAUUACUGUAAUAAUGACUGCUACCCUACUCCUUCAAUUUCAAUAGGUAUUAUGUGGUACAGUUUGAUAGACCGAUCGAUUGAAAAACAAUAGUAUGUUGUAUCUAUAACUAUUCUAUUAUAAGAUAGCAUGAUGUGCACUUAUUUUGACAAAUUAAUUCUUCUCAUGUUUAUUGACAAUAAACGACUUUUCGAAAUGUUUUGCUUUAUUUAUUUCUUCUAUAGAUAACUUUAAUUUAUUUAUCUCUUUCAACUGAAUUGUUACUUUAUGGUAAAUAAAAUCAGUAUACUACGAACUACUUAGAUUUCAAUGUAUGUACUGUUAAUAAUGCACAUUUUCCAUCUCAAAUGAAUGUAUUUGGUUGUAUAGUGUUUUUUAUUUUUUUGCUGAACUGAAUAGUUUGUAAUUACGAGGUUUUCAUUAUCAUUCACCAGUGUUUACUUUUCUUAGGAGUAUUGUAAUGAAUCUGUUAGUUGAAUAUUAUGAAGGGUGGCUAACAACUACUAUCAACUUGCCUAUUAUGUGUAGUGACGUCAUCUAUUUCAUUUCAUUGUGACUAUUGACUCAGAUUGCCUUGAUUUGUUUAACAUUUUCAUAUAAAUAUUCAUGUUCGUUAGAGUAAAG